UUUGAGUAUUCAAGUUGCCAAAGGGAAAAUGAAGACUAUCGCCUUGAUCCUCGCGGGCACUGCCUCAGCCCUCACCGAUAUUGAACAUAAGCCGUUUAUGAGAAAAAAUAUUGACCCUAUUGUCACUCCCGGCCGAUAUGUUUCUCACAUGCACUCUUUCUACGGCUCGGACGUCAUUACGAAAGAUUUGCCCACAACAGCCCAGUUACAGAAGGGCUGUCCUUCAGGAGAGAACCCCAAUGAUCUCUCUAUUUACUGGGCUCCCACGCUUUAUUACGUGAAUGGGAAUACAUAUACAGAGAUAUAUCCUGCGACCUUUAAGACAUACUACGAGCAGAUUGACCAUGCAGAGAUACCAUUUCCUCCCAACUUUUAUGCCGUCGCUGGAAACGCAAGCGCUAAGAGCCAAGCUGACAUAGACGAGAAGAUCACUGCCAUUACUUGGUGGUGUGACGGAAACGGUCCUGAGGAUCGCAAUACUCGCCCUCGAGCGGCGUUCCCUCGCUCGACAUGCAGUGCUCACAUGCAAGCAAUCCUGCGUUUUCCUGACUGUGUUGAUCCCAAUAAGAUUACGGACUACACUUAUGCCGCCGCGCAUGGUGGGAGGUGUCCUCCCAAUAUGAAGCGCAUGCCAUCUCUGCGGUUUUCAAUCCGCUAUAAUACCCGUAGUGCAAUUCCACAGGGUUGGAAGGGAGUUCCUCCUUUCAAAUUAGCUUGCGGCGAGAUAGGCGACGGGUAUUGUUUUCACGGCGACUUCGUCAACGGCUGGUACGAGGACGCGGCCAAGACCAUGCUGAAAGCUAAGGGGCAAACUUUCAUGAGAAUAGAUGGUGCGCAUGGUAUAGGGAAGCAGUUUAGCUCAUGCAAGCCUAAAGAUGCAGACCCUAAUCACGGAACAAGUGACUAUCUCAAGAGUUUGGAGAUGAUGGCAAUGGAAAAAUAGAUCAUUGAGACUGAGAGG